GAGGAUUUGAAAGUUAAGGGGAGAGAAAUUAUAGAAUUUUUCCUCAAAGUAGUUUGGGGGAGAACAGGCUACCGGUCGAUGUUGGAUUUAUCAAUUAUCGGGAUCGGUUCAAAGUCUGUGCAGAUAAAAGAGCUUCUGUGUGAAAGUGGUGUUUUAUAUUUUUCUUAGUGCGGUGGAUGCUCCAUGGUCAUAAGUUUUAAAGAGGUCAGCAUUACUAUCCAGCCUGGUUUUAAGACUAGCGUGGACAGGCCGUAGUGCGCAGGCUUUGCUCUCGAUUGGCCACAUGAUCUUGUACACUGCUGGUAACCUCAUGACUGCUGCUUGACUCCUCAAAUAUCGGACGAGAGAGAGAGAGAGCGAGCUCAGCAGACACCCUGGUGUGUCAUUCACAUUCUCAAAUCUUGUCUAGUUGAGAGCAGCAGCAAUAAAUUAAAUCAGCCGUCAGAGACUCUUGCUUCUUGAUCGACCGGCCGGGUGAGCGAGAGACAAACUCAAGAUGGUUCAUCCCACGUGCGUGUCCAACGCGACCCUGCGGUCACAGCGGACUGGUGACGCUAGUAAUAUGAAGGAUGUUGCAAAUUCAUUAUCUAGUUGUCCAAGUAUUAAAUUAUUGUCUAAGCGUGACCAGCCACUUAAGCCCACUGGCGAUGCUCAGCUUAAGUAUUUCCCGAAAGUUGCGGACUUUGGGGAUAUCAUUGCCUUUCUGUCCAGGCAAUCCUACCUGCCGGAGCUGUCAAAGACCGGGUCUAAAGACAUCGAGAACACUCCUAAAAAGACAGGUAUCAAGCCAAUUCCGUUGGAGAGGCAGAAGAAAAGAAAGGAGGAAAAGGACAAAGUCUGGGAGGAAAAUGUCGAGAAAAAGGUCAACUCACCAUGCGCUAGAGUGACUAACAUGGACAACAGAGAGGCUGAAAAGAAUUUGGGAAAAGAGAGCGAAGAGGAGGUAAAGACAGUUGAACUGAAAACAAUAGAAACAAACACGACAGGAGUGACGCCACCUCCUUUCAAAUUCACAGACUUGCUGGAUAUAACUAAAUCAAGAAGACUGCAACGUUACCAGAACAGGACAAAGCCUACAGAAUCUCCCGACAAAAACCGGGGACCAGUCCCAGAUCCAAGGACACCAGCGCCCAGAAAACAAUACCCCAAGCCCAUCAUGAUCGAGACGUCUUUCCUUGAUAACUCACCUUACAUCAUCCCCGUGAAGAAACCAGAGAAGGAGAAGCUUCCAUUUGAUGAUAACAAGGAUGGGCCUCUCAUAAUUCCACUGGACUCCGAGAAGGCCAAACUUUUUGAGAGUCUCAACUCCUACGCCCCUCAGGUGCCCUUCAUACCACCGCCGCCCCUGUGGAGUAUGGUUAGCACCCUUCCUAGAGUACCCCAGCCCAUGAUGGACCCGCCCUCCUACAGCCCCCCUUCCAGUCCACCUCCGUUCUACCAGCCACCUAGCCCUGAGUAUACCAACCCACCGCCUCCCAUCGAUUACGAUGAGAAUGUUCCUCGUUUCCGUAGCAACACGCUCAAUUAUCUUCAUGAGGUGAAAGACUACCUGACGAUGACCAAGAAGAGGAACCAAGUCAAACAGAAAUUAUAUCAUCUACAGUUAGAAGCACCCAAGCCCAGAUUAAUCCCUUGCCAGUCGAUAGGAGUCUAUGGCCCACCACAUUAUGGAGAUGAAUUCCAUGGCCCGGUCUCGCGGGAAGAGGCCGAUAGAUUGCUUACAAACGGAGGGGAUGGCAGCUAUUUGAUCCGGGAGAGUCUCAGAGCACGAGGAAGCUUCACCCUGGGUCUAAGAUUGCUUGGUGCAACAAAACACUUCAGGCUUUAUUUCGAUGGGCAACAUUAUGUCGCAGACAAGCGUUUCGACACUGUACACGACUUGGUGGCCGACGGGCUUAUCACCAUGUACGUCGAGACAAAAGCAGCAGAUUACAUCGGACGCAUUGAAUUUGAGGAACCCAUCUAUGACAAAUACUCCAAACAGGCUACGUUCAUGAGGCCACAGGAGAGUAACAGUAACGGCAGUACACCGCAAAGUAUGCCUGAUCACUCUCCACCAGGCCCUCCUACCAAAAACUCCAUGGUUGAUGGUCGGAAUACCAGGCCAUUCCCGGGUCCUAUUACGGUAGAAAAAGAUCAUGUCUUUAAGGUGCACACGUUUGUUGGUCUUAACUGGUGUAUGUUCUGUGGUAACUUCCUAUGGGGUUUGAAGAGUCAAGGAGUCAAGUGUACAGACUGUGGUCUUAGUACCCACAAGCAGUGCUCAAAGAGAGUCCCAAGGGAUUGCACACCAGAUCUGAGGCUGAUCAAGAGAGUCUACAGCGUUGAUCUGACCACUCUAGCCAGAGCACAUGGUGUCACUACAUCACUCGUCAUAGAGAGAUGUGUGGAGGAGAUCGAAAGCAGAGGUUUGGGGCUAGAAGGCCUCUACAGGAUACCAGGCAUGCAGGAUGAUGUGGAGCUCAUUAGACAAAGAUUUGACAAAGAUGGUAUGAUAGCGCGUAUCGGAUCCAAGGACUUUCCUGACACCAAUGCUAUCUCCGGAGCCAUGAAGCUUUAUCUCAGGGAGUUACCUAUUCCAUUGGUACCCUUCAAGAUGUACCAUGCAUUCGUGGAAGCUACCAAAAAAACAAAUAUCCAUGAGAAAAUUGAAGAAUUCUGUGUUGCCUUAGAUGAGCUCUACCAAACAUUCCCUGCCCACUACCACACACUUAAACUACUCAUGGCUCAUCUUGUCAGAGUUGUUCAGUUACAAGAAGAAAACAAGAUGAGCAUAGAGAACCUUGGUAUAGUGUUUGGACCGACCCUGAUGAGACCGCCCUCUAACCAACCUGUCAUUGAUGACCUCUACAUGAUCCACUUCCAGAAGAAGAGUGUCGAGAUCAUGAUCGAGGAGUUCGACACACUCUUCCAAAAGUAAAUGAUGAUCCUGAUGACGAUGCCCAUGUGGAAAUCAUUUCUUCAUCACCAGAAAUAAUCAAAACAAAGAUUGAUCUAACAUGUAGCGCAACUUUUGGUAUAGAAUGAUCUAUAUUCUAGAAACCCUAAACAGGGUUGUUCUUUCCACUCAAGUGAAAGGUCAAUGACCUCAGAACAGUUAAGGGUACCUCUGGAGGUCCUGUGGUACACCAAGCUGAUGAUGCAGCUAGGCAUUAUGUCCAAAUCAUUCACUAGAUUGAUUCCAGAAUAUUGAUAUCAUCGUGAGUUGACUUAUUUGGUGUGCUCAUGAUUGAUCUUGCGGCAAUCACAAGACAAAUAACAAUGAAACACAUCUGCCAAGCGGUAGAUUUGAAUGAUGUUUCUUUAACUGUACUUAAUAUAUGUAGGUUCACAAAUGUAAGUCACAAUAGAUGCACUGAGAUGCCCACCUAGUGAAAGAAUGGUUACUUGUGUGCAAAGACAAAAAAAUAUUGCAGCUUUAUGCCAGUGUGAAAAAAUGUUAUUGUGGCAAAGGCAAUUUAUGAUACAAAAUAUCAAGUGUGAGAAGAUUUUUCCCUUUUCAUAAGUCAAACCAAGGAAUGUAUCUGAAUGAAUGUCACAUCCACUAAAUACUUAAUGCGACAAAUGAUCCUCUUUGGGUGUUCUUGUUGUAUCCCCUAUUCAUCAAUGGAGUGUUCCAUAAACUGAAUUGCAUAUCAUGAUUAGGUCAACUCCAUUGAAGCCAGCAGGGUGUUUCUACUUUAUUUUAAUCUAUUGGUUUUGAGGUUCAUUCUUGAAAUCUAUGCAAUCCCCGCUGCUUCAUAACUCAGAGAUUUGUGCUUCCUUUAUCGUUGGAUAUACAUGGUCAUGGAUUCAUCUAAAUCUUUAUUUUGAGAAAAAGAUUCUGCUUUGACUUCAAACCAUAGAAUUUUUUGUGUCACAUUUAUGAGCUAUUUUGAAAUGAAUGUCAUCAAAUUUCUUAAAAUCAGACAAUCUGAUGAUAUGACAUCUUGGCCAAUUACAGAACUGUUGUUUCAUUGUAAAGAAAUAUUUUGCCAAAUUGAAAUGAAAAUAUCAAAUUUUCCUCUUAGUUUAUCUCAGCUUUGUUUUUAAUGACGUACAUAGCCUUUGAGCUUCUAGUUUCCCAUUCCAAAUUUCGUCUGUCUUUUUCCAAUAAUUUUUUACCUUAAAUGUGUUUUUUUUUACCUUUCUUUAGAUGCAUCAUUGGAUGAAGUCCACCACUAUAUUUCUAUGGUUAUUUUUUAAUACCCUUAGUGCAUUCUGAUAUCAUUGUUUUGUUUUCUUUAGCAUUCUUCAUGUACAUGCAUGUAAAUGUGAUACCUAUGGGAAUCGUGCAAGAGAUUUGAUUCUAUAUCCAGAACCAGGACACCAUCAGUACCAUGAUCUAGGAAUAGAAUCAAAUCAAACAUAGAUUUAUGUCAUUACUGUAGUCAGAAAUAGCAGGCGUACAGUCUUGAAAGUUGUUAGUCAUGUGCAAAUCUUAGCAUUUACGUUGGCAUCUCUAUUUUUCCUCCGAUAAUAUUACUCUUUAUUUACUUUGAAACACAAACACGUUUCUUUCAUUUUCAAGAACACAGAAUCCAAAUAGGUGCAAAAUGAGUGUUCUCAAAAUCCUGUAAACUUUGGUAGGUUGGUUAGAUUCUGCUUUUCUUGUCGUCCACUUUCUUUCGUAAAAAAAUUGUAAUAAAGGGGAAUUCAUUUUAAUAAGUCCUUGUCAGCAAGGAGAUGAUCUUUGUCUUUGUGUGUGAACUCAUAGGCCCAAAUUCACAAAGGAGGUAUAAAUUUAACCCAUGGUUUAAACCCUCAUAACUCAUAACCAAUGGUUUAAAAUUAGCACAAAUGAAGCGUACCUUACGUCUAAUAUUGGACCACUGACUGUGUCACGCUUAUUUUGGGCUAAUUUUAGACCAUGGGUUAUGUCAAUGGAUUAAAUUUAAACCUCCUUUGUGAAUUUGGGACAUGGUGUUUAACAAUACAGCCAAUACCAAUCUGGCCCUCAACCUUGGUUGCUUACAUCUGUGCAAAAGUAAGGUGCUCUACAAGUUGUUCUAAAAAUUGUACAAACUUGGAAGUCAAAAAGAGACUGUUGAGAACUAAAACAUUUUGCCUCACAAUUGUUAUCCAUGUGGUGGACUUCUCUCUUUCUUAUUUGGGAUGGAAACAUUAAGAAUGUAUGAUCUCAUCAUGGAUUUUUUCCCCUUUUUUUUUGAUGGACACAAAAGAAAGAGAAAUCUUCCAAAAACUGAAGAGAUGUUAAUUUCCAUUCUGUAUGAAACGAAUGGAGUCGGAUGUUGAUUGUUGAUAUAUGAAUGUGUAUGUAUAAUUGUUAUUUUUGGUAUAUAAUAUAUAAAUAUAAAAAUGAAAUAUAUAUAUAUUUAGAAGAGACUGCACAUCAAGUGGCAGUAUAUAAAGAUAAGAGCAAGGUAAUUUUUUACAUCAGUGUUCUUCAAUGCAAUGUUACAAAAGUUUGUCUUCGUGAAGAUGAAAGCGCUUGUAUGCUGUUAUGUAAUAUACCGUAUGUCUGUGAUAUGUAUAUGUUUCUCAUCAGCGAAGUUGAAGAUCCCAUUAGGAAAGUAUCGUAAGAACAUUGCUAGAAGGCAUUUAUCAAACUAUGUAUGUAUGAUAUGUUUUAGACUAAUUUCAUGUAAUGUAACAUGGUUUUGUUGAUAUUGUUUGCACUUCUCUGUCUUGCCACUGUAUUUAAAGCAAGUAAUAUCUCACCACCUCACCUAGUUUUGUUUAGAUUAUGUAUUAUUUGGUGGACAAGUAUUAAGGAAAUCCAAGCCAUGGGCCAAUGUGUAGUAAUGUUUUAAUACACAAUCAGUGAAAACUAUAAUCACUCAAUAUAUAAAGGAUUAUAGAUCAAAAUUGAUUUUUGUUUUCUCUGGUUUAUUAUUCAUUUCAAAUGCAUCUUUAUUUCACUUUGUGUGCAUGGGAUAGAUUGCAUAUGUAAAAUGACUUUGAAGAUCACCCAUACUUUUGUAAAGAUUUUUUUUUUUUUAAAGAUAUCAAUAAAAGAUCAAUUCUCAGUGAUUAAAACAUGAGACUUGAGAUUUAUGUGUUCUUUAUCACAUGAGCUACUUAAUUGAUGUCUUUCCUAUAAUGUGUAUUUAUGACAAGUGUUAGUGUAUAAUGAAUAUCCUUGUAAUGCAUUCAUAUGUUAUUUGAAGUUCUGUUGAUUAAUAAUGAUUUCUUCUUUCUAAACUGAAGCAUGUAAAAUUUACCUCAUUUCUUAUUGAAAACAAGGUGUGUUCUUUGUUUUAUUGCACACUUAGAAAAGGCUUUACUUUUCAACAUUUUCCAAGAUCUGUGCUAAGAUAUAUGUAAUGUUUUAACCAUGAUGUAAUUCUGGGUACCGCCCACCUAUAUGCUUAUGUUAAAGCAUACAUGUGUUACUGUCUAGUAUAUUCUCCUUCUUUUUUUAAUGACCGUGUGAAAAUUUCCAGCACAUUUUGAGAUGUACAUGUAUGGUCGUUGCUAAGUUUUUUGAUAUACCAAUUUCCCAAGACCAUAAAUACCCAAGUAAGUCACUAACCUGAAUGCUAUAUGGGUGAUAUGUUGUCAGUUAUUAUUUUCCAAACACCUUGUUGUUGUUGUUGUUGUUUUUUGUCAAUCAAAUUUACUCCUCAAAUUUCUUCCAUGGUAAAAUGACAAAACAAGUGCUCUUUUCUCUACUAUGAACAGUGAAUUAUUCCUACUAAAACGAUCUAACUGAUAUUUUCUUUUCGUCCUGUAAGCAUGUAUGAACUCAUUGGACUGAAUAUCUCUUUUUAUUUCAAACGACUCAUCACACCGUCCGUAUAUGAUAUGCACUUCUGUAGAAUUAACAGUGACUGCGGCAUUUAAGUUUUCACAAAUUUUUUAUAUGGCUUUCUUAUGGCUGUAAUGCACAUGGGACAAACAAGAUCAUGUUUGUACAUUUAGAAUGGUUGUAGAAAUAUAAGAGUAGGCUUUGACAAAAAAAAUGAUCAAUAUUUUCAUGUCCUCAUGGCAUGAAAUAAAUGUGAUGUAUCAAAUAAUAA